GAGCAAGAAUGAUAAGCAUGAUUGGUUGCAGCGCUUGGAAUCCGGCGACGACGACGACGAUGAUGAAGCGAGUGGUGAAUAAGGGAGGAGGAGGAAUGAUUGAGUGCUCAUCUCGGCCAAAGAAGAAAGCAACUUCACAUCACAUUAAGAGUCGUCCUAAAAAGACACAACCUUGGGAUAUCCGUCGCAAAGGCCCUACUCUUUACCCUCCUCUUCCUCUUCUCCCUCCUGAUUGGACUCUCCUCUCUUCUCAUGAUGCUGUUACUGAUGCUGAUGCUGAUGCUGAUGCUGAUGCUGUGUCUCAGACCACUGCUCCUGCUGAGAUUUCACCAUCUUCUUAGUCUCUCUCUUUUUAUCUUUCUCUUUGUUUGAACUUUGAACUUUGAACUCAGAUUUAUGUCUUUUUUGUUCAAGUGUGUUUUGGUUUUUCAUUCAUUGUUCACUUGCAUUUUGGUGUGCUGCACAUCAUGUGUUCGAUGUUAUGCCUACUUUAUUAUGUUCUUGUUUGUUUUCUUUUAUCAUCAUCUUCUUCUUCUU